AUGUUCUAUUCACACUACAGAACAGUUGACUGUGCUCUAGCGGCCGGGUAUCGGUUGUUCGACACAGCGGCUGUUUAUCAAAAUGAACUGUUCCUAGGAUACGCUUUGCGAAAACUUUUGCCUAAACACGGGCUAACCCGAGAAGAUGUAUUUGUCACCACUAAAUUAUCGCCCGCUGCUCUCAGCGGUGACCUUGUUGCAGACGCAUUUAGAAAGUCCUUUGACAAUAUAGGCUUGGACUACAUAGACUUAUAUCUAAUUCACUUUCCCGGUGCAGCAAAAGUAAAUGCACAAAGUCCACAAAAUAAGGAGUUACGUAUUGAAGCUUGGAAAGAAUUUAUCAAACUUUAUGAUCAGGGUAAAGUCAAAGCUAUUGGGGUGUCAAAUUUCACCAUAACCCAUUUAACUGAAUUGAUUGAAGCUACUGGAAUAGAACCCAUGGUGAACCAGGUCGAAUGGCAUCCGCAUUAUUUCCAACCUGACUUACUACAAUACUGUGACAGUCAUAAUAUUCGUCUUCAAGCGUACUGUUCUUUCGGUGGUUUAGCAGUCAGCAAUAAUACCUUAAUGGAGGAAACUAUUGUUAGACAAACUUACGCUAAAUACAAGGCAACCCCAGCGCAAGUACUAUUAGCGUGGUCUUUGCAGAGAGGAGUAGCUGUAAUCCCCAAAUCACUGACACCUCAUCGAAUCAAAUCGAAUAUACAAAUAAAUUUUCGACUAACUCAAGAAGAUCUUGCUCAACUCGACACUCUUGGUGCUGCGAACAUUAAGUAUUCAUGGGAUCCUAAAUUAGUCGCAUGAUAAUAGGUUUCUGUUACAGAAAUGUAACAGGAGUACUUAACCAUUACAACUAUAGGCAUUCCUAAAGAUAGAUGACGUUUAAUUUAUGUAAAAAUAUUAAAUCAAAUUAAGCUAAUGUUUUCAA